AUUGGCGAAGUCAGUGCCAAGUUUCUUAAGUGUAAGGAAAACAUGUCUGCUUGUAUCUGUGCCAUCUGUAAACAUUUUACCAGUGUGGACAAGAAACCGUGUCAUUGUGAAAAAUGUGGAAUUUGCCGGUAAGUCAACCAUUCAGGCGCUUUUACCCGCGGAGACUGAGAGACUAAUCUGGACAAUUGAGAGCUGUAGUGUUUUAAAUUGCUCGAAAGAUACAGAACCUAAAUGCUGUCUCUGACACAUUAUAGAGGAGUUUUUUUGCAUAUUUUUUUCACACACUGCAAUAAAAGCGAUGCAUGGCUAAAAAUACUCAAUAUUUCGUAUUCUGUCUCAACACCCGUAAUGAAGAGACAAACUUUUUAACAGUACCUCCCUAUCUUUAAAGCAAGACGGAGUUUUUAUUCUUUUGUUAGUCAUCAAGGUACUUGUUUAGUGAAAUGGCAAAAAGAAUGUCUUAAACAACAGGAUAUAAUACCCCUGCAAAGUGACCUAAAGUGAAACUGUUCCAGUGUAAAGAGAAGGAAGUCGAAGCAAACAUCUAUAGCCCUUGUGUGUUUACAAUACGUCAGACACCAAAUUACGUACACCACCAAUUCUUGUUUUGGGAUUGUAAACUUACGAGAUUUCUCAACAAGAAAUUCCUGGAGCAUUUAAGGUGAAAGAAGCACUCAAGCGCAGUUAGCACAAGUCCAAAGAAUUUUGUCCGCAAAUGAGACUUAGUGAUGGGAAGACUGGCGUCAAAAUGGGUAUGGGCAGAUGAUGGCACGCUCCUUAGCUCUCUCUUCCUUUUCAUAAAAAAAGGCAUAUUUCUUUAAUGAAAUUUGAAAAAAUCAACUUCUAAAUUCUUCAGCUGUUUAUUGUGAAACAAAUUUGGAAGGGUAUAAGUAGUCAAUCCGCUUUAUUCAGAAGGUCUUAGAGGAGAGUUGUCGACUAUUUUUUCCCGAGUCGCCAGCGUCAAGAGAGAACAGUGUCAUGUCAUUCUCGAAUUUGACUUUUUUUUUCUUUUUCUUUUUUUUGGCUUUAAAAGAACAAACAGAGACCGCCUGUCUGUAUCACUUGAACGACACUCGCAAAACCCAGGUUACCAAAGGUUUCGGGGUCAGCAGUUACAGCGGUCUGGUAUGGAAAAUCCGGAGGAUGGUCUGGCUGACUGGUUUGUUAUCAAACACACCAGAGAUGAAGCGCUGUCGCGCGAUUUGCUUUCUAAAUACGGUUUUAAGGCUGCCGAUACAACGCAGGUAGGAAUUAUGUAAAUAACUGAAAUUUAACACUGAAAUCAAUCGGACAAUAUAUUCUACACGGAGGUCCAAUGAAACUGAGGAGAAUGAGAAGAGCCAUUUUCUCCUUGAGACCCGCAGUUUAAGGCUUCUCGCGUUCACUGAAUUGUACAAAACGCCACAGGUUAUGGUACUUCCCUCUCACCGUCUAAAUUCUUUAGCCAGUUCUAGCAUGUUCCAGGCGUUCAGUUCAGUGUAGCGUUGCGCGAAUUAGUCAGGGAGAACAAAAAAAUGAGGAGGAGUAAUACUUCCUCCAACCAUCCCCGGGUUAGGGCUGAGUCUAGAAAAUCCCCUUUAGCCGAAAAUUAAGUAGUUUCGAAGUACAGUUUUUCUUAACUUUAAAUCCAAAAGACGUGUUCCAAAUGUUCCCCUUCUUCUUUUUUGCAGAAUGAUUUGCAUCCCAUAGGAUUGCGCUCUUCAAAGUGAGUAAAAAAAAAAAAAAGAAAAAGACAAAAAAACAACAGUGGCAUCGUCCUCUAGUAAUAGAUAAAAACUGUUUAAAGGAUUAUUCUAAAUAUUUCACCUUUUUUAGAGCUUGUUAAAUUUUAUGCAACAUUCUCAAAUACGCCUAAAAAAACAAGUUUCAUUUUUCGUAAAGUGAACGAAAGAACAUCAGUUUCUCUACCACUCAGCUGGAUUCAAGUUGUAUUAGAACGGUCUUACGACUAUUCUGUGAACUCGUUUUUGCAGUCAUUCAAACACACACGCCAGUUCUUUUGAUUAUAAAAUUUUCUUUGUCAUGUAAAGAAAUCUGAAGUCACGAAGUUUCGACCUGCUCUAGGUAAACAGUCACAAAUACCUAGGACCCUAAAAUAUGAUUAUUAAUAAUAUCAACGAUAAGUGAUGAAAUCACUAAUUUUUUUAAACAUUUUGCUGGUUAAAUCCUCGCUCUGGUCUCUGAUUACUUGUUGAUAUUCAGUAUAGCCCAUAAAAUCUGAUUAGCACGGUUAGGGGUAGAAGGUCAUCUUCCAGUGGAAAAAAAAAUGGGAAUUUUGUGCUGGCGCGCUGCGCAGAAUUUCUGCGUGACUAAAAACCAAUAAUUAGCAAAUGAUUGUCACCUUUCUAGCUUUCAAGCUUAAUAGCGACGUAUUCAAUAUUCAUACUCCUAGCUUAUUUCCCCCAAAAUCGAGGGAAACGGAAAUCAGCUUAACAUGUUUAGCACCAAAAAACUAUGGAAAGUAACAAUCCUCUGGCUGGGGAUGGAAAACGAGUUUUGCUCUACAAAACGAGACUCCACCUUAUUACAAAUCUUCUCUAUUUUGUGUUAUUUCUGUUUCAGAUUCAUCUGCUCAUUUUUUUGCCGAAUUCCUGCAUUGUAGUGUGGGCUUUGUCUCCAACCUUGGGACACCCCAUCGAAAGACCCACGGCU